AUGAACAAUCAGGCCACAGAGAGGGAAGGGAACACGAGACAAUCAGUAACUAAUAAUAGAAUAAUUGGAAACAAUAAAACAAUUAACAGGACACAAAGCAGGGGUGCCGCCAUCUGGCGGCCCAACCAGGAAAGACGGGGGAAGACAAAGAACCCUGACAGUACCCCCCCCCAAGGGACGGCUCCUGACGUCCCAGGAGGCCGACCCUGGGAGGGGGUGAACUGGAGGGCGGGGACAGGGAAACAGAACUCAGGAACUCGGGGGACAGGAAACUCACGGUUGGGCAGGACCCCGGGCAACAGGAGACUCAGGGCUGGGCAGGACCCGGGCGACAGGAGACUCAGGGCUGGACAGGACUCAGGACCCGGACAGGACUCGGGCGACAGGAGACUCAGGGCUGAACAGAACUCAGGACCUGGACAGGACUCGGGCGACAGGAAACUCAGGACCCGGACAGGACUCGGGCUCAGGAAACUCAGGACCCAGACAGGACUCGGGCGACAGGAAACUCAGGACCCGGACAGGACUCGGGCGACAGGAAACUCAGGACCCGGACAGGACUUGGGUGACAGGAAACUCAGGACCCGGACCGGACUCGGGCGACAGGAAGCUCAGGAUCCGGACCGGACUCGGGCGACAGGAAACUCAGGACCCGGACAGGACUCGAGCUCAGGAAACUCAGGACCCGGACAGGACUCGGGCGACAGGAAACUCAGGACCCGGACAGGACUCGGGCGACAGGAAACUCAGGACCCGGACAGGACUCGGGUGACAGGAAACUCAGGACCCGGACCGGACUCGGGCGACAGGAAGCUCAGGAUCCGGACCGGACUCGGGCGACAGGAAACUCAGGACCCGGACAGGACUUGGGCGACAGGAAACUCAGGAUCCGGACAGGAGCGACAGGAAACUCAGGAUCCGGACAGGAGCGACAGGAAACUCAGGAUCCGGACAGGAGCGACAGGAAACUCAGGAUCCGGACAGGAGCGACAGGAAACUCAGAACCCCGGACUCGGGCGACAGGAAACUCAGAACCCGGACUCGGGCGACUCGGAAUAA